AUGUUGGUUAUACAUCUGAAACGUUUCUCGCUAACUGAAGAGUUCAGUGAGAAACUAAACACAAUUGUCGACUUCCCCUUGAUCGGCUUGGACAUGAGCCUCUAUGCAGCUAAAGACAUCGUUCCAUGUCCUUACAAUGUGUACGCUAUCUCAAAUCACAGCGGUACCACCUACAGCGGACACUACACAGCCCACUGCAGACAUCUUUAUACGAAAAUUUGGCACGAGUACAAUGAUUCUCUUAUUUCUUCAAUUUCAUCGAAUUCUCUUGUCAGUGGGGAUGCUUACGCUCUUUUUACCAAAAAGAGGCCCACCCAAAAUACGAAUUCAACUACGGAUUUCAAGACGCCUCUACUGGUGACAACAGAUCCCAACACGAACAAGAUGGUGACUCAGUGA